AUGGCGAGCGAAAAGGUCCCCGUGGCCGUUAACGAGCCGUCCGCUGAAUCGCCCGCUCCCGCUCCCGCUCCCGCUCCCCCAACGACCGCCGAUGAGCCCAACUCCUCCGACCCCCCGCCAGAGAAGCCGUCCGACCAGCGCCGGCGGAUGUUUAUAAUACUCUCGUUUUGGGUUUUAAUAGUUCUUUUGGGCCUGCCGAUAUGGUGGAAGACGACGAGCAUAUACAGGUCGGACCUACCACUAACGGAGAUGAUGGAAUGGGCAGAUGGCAAGGCCUGCAAACCAGUCUUUCCCCUACAAGUUACAGUACAAGCCGACUCGCUACAAGAGCAGGAGGCCCAGACCCUCCUCCGCCAAACCCAACACGCUCUCGACGACCUAAAUGACUUCACCGCACAUCAUUUGCGCCUCCAACUAGCUCCUCGGGACGCCGCCGGAAGCUCCGAGCCUAAAGUCGACUCCCAAUCCGCCGUAACCAUCCGCCUAGUCCCCGGCGACUCGACCAUGUCUUCGUCCCUCGACCCCACCCAACCCGUCCUCGACAUCACCUACCCGCCCAAUUCCGUCCCUUCGCACAGCUCGUCCUCCACGCCAUCGACCCUCGCAGCGUACAUCGCCACCGAGCUCCGCGCCACCUUCGCCGAGGAGCAGGCCAUCCUCUCCUACCUGCUCUCGUCGUCCUCGCCGUCGCCGUCCUCGUCGGAAGCGCGCACCAAGUCUCUGAGCCCCGAGCUGCUUGCCUCCCUCGAGAAGCGGACGACCCGCGCCCUCAAGUACUCACACACCUACCACCUCACGUUUUCGCUCUUCACGGCCGGUGCCUCGCCUAGUACGUGGGACAUCGAUGCCGCUCUCGCCGAGUACAUCCGGCCUGUGCUCGACGUCCUCAGCCCCAUCCACAACUUCACUGUCGAUACGCAGGUGCAACUGUACGCCACCCCGGGAGUGCAAUCCGAGGUCCUCUCCAAAGACGACCUCGUCUCCUUCAUCAAUGCCGCAGAGUGGCCCCUGUCGCCUUCCAUCGGCGGCGCCCCGACCAUAAACUUCAUCAUCUACAUCGGCAACCAGACCGUCCGCCUCUCCGACCCGUCGGAAAGCCCCGAAGCAACAACCACCUCUCAAUCCUGGCUCGUACCCCAAUGGGGCUCCGUCUACCUCCUCUCCCUCGCCCCAACAACAACCCACGUCGAUGUCCCAGCCCUCAAACAACCCCUCCUCACCUUCUCCUCACACCUCCUCUCCCUCCUCGGCACCCCGGAAACCGGCUCCCUCCCCCUCCGCCUCUCCACCCUCUCCCGCAUCCGCUCCGCCGACCUCCUCCUCCGCGCCUCCUCCACCCUCGGCUCCCUCGCCCGCCUCUCCCUCGCCCUCCCCUCCAUAUCCAUCCCCCGCAGCGUCGCCGACGGCGUCUCCAAGACCCUGACCCGCCUCGAUCGCGCCUGCGAGAACCUUGCCGCACCCGCCGCCUUGGAAUACGCCCGCGUCGCCGAGUCGGAGGCCGAGCGUGCGUUUUUCGAGAAGAGCAUGGUUGGACAGCUUUAUUUCCCCGAUGAGCACAAGGUCGCUGUUUAUUUACCCUUGCUGGGCCCCGUGGGCGUGCCGCUUGUUAUGGGGCUUGUGAAUGAGAUUAGGGGGUGGGUGAGGAGGAGGAGGGAGAGGGCUGAGGCGGCUAGGAGGAAGGAGGAGUAA